AUGGUUCGGAUUUCGGCCGGCAAAGACUUCAAACUCGGGCAGUCCUCGAUCGAGAGCGCUCGAAGGCAAGCCGUGUUCCGGAAAGUGCUUCAGUCAGAGGCAGCUCGAGAGGUAAAGCUCGACAAGGUGCGCGAAAUCGUGAAGCCUCUCGAGCAAAUUAUUAAAUUGCAUAAGCUCAGAUCUUCUAAAGGCAUGGCACCACUUCCUUCCGGAAAGAUCCCCUCCGAGACGGCCUCGAGCUGCACGCAGUUCUUGAUCGAGAGUUUCUUGAGCGUGGCCGGGAAAUGGGCCACGGCCCACUUCCCGAGCAACGAGCACUCCUUGAUCUCGAGACGCUCGAGUCCGGAUAUGUUGACUUCAAACUCGGGCAGUCUUCGAUUGAGAGCGCUCGAAGGCAAGUCGUGUUCCGGAAAGUGCUUCAGUCGGAGGCAGCUCGAGAGGUAA